AUGGCUUCUUUGUGGUACUGCUGUGGCUGCAACUUCGGCCCUCACAACUCCUCGCUAUACGACGCCUGCAUUCAGUGUGGAACACGCCGCUGCGCUCGCUGCACCGAGGAAAAGAUCUCCAGCAUGAACAUGGACUUGAACAGGUCCUCUCACUCGCACUCCCAUUCCCACUCGCACAGCUGUGACCCAACAUCACCAUACCCGGCCGCCGUACUUAUGAACUCUCCUCGCACAACAGCCCUCGACACCAGGGCUAUGCUGCCUCAAGUACCAGAGCUACCAAGGGUACGGUCAUUACUCCGCGCAGACUACACAGACAUGUCGCCGGCUUCACUAGCGGGUGUUCGAGUUCACAGCGAAACAUACAUGUACAUCUGUUGCCAAUGCAAUGAUGGACCUAAGAUCUACAACCAUCAGCCUAAGUGCAUCAACUGCAACCAUACCGCCUGCUCCUACUGCACUUAUGUCAAGUGA